AUGAGUAGACUGCAAGCGAAUCGUACUGUUGACCUGAAAAUGGUUCUUGCAAUUGAUCGGAAUGGGUCUGAGAGUCCCAUUGAAACGGAGUCACUUUCCAAUCUCCUUUCUAAAAUGGUUAUUCAACCAUCUUCUAUUCCUGAGAGUAGCAAUAAGCAAGGUACUGAUACAAUAGAACCAUCUAAAACCACUAAUACUAUAUGGAGAUUGUUUCUGGAACAAAGGAUUUCAAGUAUGAUUCAUUCUUCUGAGAUUUCACUUUCAUUGAUUAAAACGAAGGAAUUCCAUCGUGAAGUUGCGUAUUUGAAAUCCAUUCUGAAAGAUCCACCCACGGAAUUAUUUUGUUAUUCAACAACAAAAGAUGGCGAUACAUUUCUUGGAUCUCUAUCUUCUAGAAAGCUUUACUUUAAUUCUGAAAUAUUUGAUGAAAAUCAUCAAGUAAUAUCAAACAUAGAUUUAAGUAAAGGGUAUCAGACUUUUAGGAAAAUAUAUUCUCCUUUUUCUAAAUAUAAGGCAUUUCAAAUCUAUGAAGCUCAAUCAAAUAAAAAGACUAAGUUUGAUAUGCAUUUUUCAAGAGGUUCAUUAUCAAGCUUACUACUUUUACCAUUUAACUACCAACCAAACAACCUUUAUUUCUCUGUUUUGGAUGGUCAGGUCUUUGUUCAUGAUGACAAUAAGAUUCGGUCUAAGUUAAAUCAAACGAGUAUGACGGGAGUUAACUUUGAACACCUUUUAACAACAGAAUGGGAUCAAGUAUCUAAUGAUGAUGAUGAUGAUGAAAAAGAGAAAAGUAUUGAAGACUGUUCAAGGUUUUGCACUAUGGUCCAACAUGAUCUUCAUUAUCAAGGCGUUGAUUUGAGAGUUCUUGUGUCGUGUGAAGUGGAUGCAUGUUGGGAAAACCCUUCAAGUAUCCCCAGGGAACCUGAUUUUACUAGUAUGGAAGCAUUAAAGAACUACGUUGAGAUCAAGUGUCAUAAAGAAACUAAGACACGAGUGGAUUCAAUUGCAGUUCGAAAUCAACUUGCUGGAUGUGAAGAUAUGAUUAUUGGUUAUAGGAAUGAGAAGUUUGAGCUAUGUUCGAUGAAACAGUGUAAAAAUUCGAAAUUAAUGAAAAAAUCAUUUAAAGAUCCUAAAUUCAUAGAUGUAUGGUUUGUGAUGGUUAUAAUGUGGAUAAAUAAUGUUAUUAAAAGUUGGGAUACCAAACCUGACCCAGAUACGAUUUACCAAAUUGAUCUUGCAAAUGGAGUAAUGAAUAUCCAUCCAACACAACAUGAUGUUGAAAGCAUUAUUCCAUCUCAUUUCAAAGAAUGGAGAAGACAAUUCUCUGAGGAAGGUUACCUCAAUAAACCUGAGGGAAAAGAAGAAAAGUGGGCUAAUCUUGAAGAACUUUCUCUCAAAGAUGAAUCUGCUUCAAAGGAAGCUGCUGCAAAAGAAACUUCUAAAAAGGACUCUCUCAAGAAAGAGUCUUCUAAGAAAGAGCUUCAAAAGAAAAAGUUUCCUUCUAAGGAGUGUUUAAAAGUAGAAUCUAUUGGAGAAUCGGAUGAAAAUACUGAAUCCAUUGAGUCUUCUAAGAACCAGUGUCAAGGAUUAACAAAAGCAGGUCAGAAAUGUAAAAACAGAGUUAAAAAAGAAAACAAGUACUGUUGGAGACAUGACCUGGAAAGGUCACUCACUCCACAUAAGGCAUUCACUAGUCCAACACCACCCCCAAGUAUUAUGUGUACUUGA